AUGUUGGGUAUUUACCGUCCGAAGGCAGAACCUGCAGAUGGUAACAAGCAAAUUGAGAGAACGACAAGGACACGACCGGCAGUAAAUGUGGAGAAUGGUCCGAGAACCAGAUCAGCGUCGACUCGUCGUACCAAGGAGCAACCGAUAACCAUCACAUACCUUGGGCGAUCACGCACGGCCAGUGAAAGUGAUGCUACAACUUCCGUUCGGGCUGUUCGUUCUUCUACCUCGAAGAAACUUCAGCAGUCUGUUUCUGUGAAAACCAAAACAGAUGAUCUCAGUUCAUCAUCUUCUUCGGAUUCAGUGUCAUUCUCCAGCAGUUCUCAAGCCGCUGCUUUCAUCGAUAUUUUGAACAAAAUUGGAGCAACAGCGAAAACGGAGAAUAAAUACAUUCGCCGAUUGAAAGUGCUCAACUCGCGGAACUCGAGGAAGUUUGAAGAAGAGGUGGCCAAAAACGAGCGCCUUGCUUUUGCAGCAAUCCAAUUUCUCACAAAACGGAAUAUUUGGUCGUUGAACGCCUGCUACGCUUAUCUUCCAAUAAUCAUCGAGAACCUCGUCAGUCAAAAUGCGUCAGACCAGUCGAUAGUGUUGAACGGAUUGGAAUCGAUAUCAGACACUGUCCUGGAACCUAUUCUUCGUUUUGCAACUGGUGGAGCAACUCGGAUCGGAGUAGAUGUUGUCGCUGAGGAACGAGCUGCAAAAGCGAAGGAAUGUGUCCGUCUAUUCCGCGGAAUUGUGAAGAAUAGAGAUGCUUACUAUAAGCAACUAGACGAAAAUGCCAUAUUUCAGUUGGAUAAUAUCCUGGCGCAACUGAAAAAAGCCUAA